ACCCCGGAACAAGCUCCUUGACGUGUUGUGAUACGUCAUCUGUAAUGGCUGCUUCCUGAUGACGCCUGCUGGGCUAGUGUUGGAGAUUUUAGUCCGAUAAAAUGGUGCUGACAGAAAAUAAGUUUAUUUUUCGACUAAAGGGUGUUUUGGAGUUUUCCUGCCAGCUUGACAGCUCCACUGAAGCCUACGGACAGAGCUCCAUCUCUCAAGCCUUCCAGGUUCUCCGCUCCAGAAUAUCAUCAGAGAGUCUUGUGUUUAUGGUGUGCAAAAGCCCCAUCCUGCUGUGGCCUAAUAAAGCUUUCCACUCCACAUUGGAGAGUCUGAGUGAGGAAACACCGUGCAGAGAUGUCCAGCAGCACAUAGAGCUGGAAGAUGGGCAGAACAGGAAGUCCUCAAAAAGAAGGGAUAAAAAAGAUGCCAGUCCCAUCGUGGUGAAUCUGAAGCUGUUGAUGGAGGUCUCGGAGUCGGAGAACAGUGUUGCACUGAGUCUGUGUAGAAUAACGAAGAAGCAGCGAUGUGUGAUGAUGCCUCUCUGCAUGGACUGUGUGAUCAACGCAGGCGGCAACGACACUCUCGGCUCUGUGUGUUCUGGCCUGGUGGCGGCGCUGCACGCUCAGCUCUCAGACAUGGAGCAAACGGUGCUGAAAUACAGGAAGGACAAAACUCUGCCUGUACCUCAGCCUUUUCACUUUCAGCUGCCUGCAUCUGACAGCCUGGUUACUGUUGUUUAUCCUGCAGGGUUAACGGACGAUCAGCUGCUGCCUGUCAGAGAGGAGCUGCACAGGAAGCACAACUUACUCAGUGACCGGCCGUAUUUCCGCCGUGCCAACGCGCUCCACUUCCCAGGCGAGCUCUAUAAAGAUGGCUACCUGCGCAACCCACACACACACCUCACUGCCCCCAGUAUAGAGGAUGCCAAGCUGUACAUGGUGCAUGGUGUGUACAGUUAUCAUCACUACAUGCAGGACCGGGUGGAUGAUAACGGGUGGGGCUGUGCGUACCGCUCACUGCAGACCAUCUGCUCCUGGUUCCAGCAGCAGGGCUAUACCGAGAGAACCGUCCCCACGCACAGGCAGAUACAACAGGCUCUGGUGGACGUGGGCGAUAAGGAACCAUCCUUUGUGGGUUCUUGUCAGUGGAUUGGCUCCAUCGAGGUGCAGGCUGUGCUCAGCCAGCUGCUGGGAGUCGACUCAAAGAUCCUGUUCGUCAGUCAUGGAUCUGAGCUGGCUUCCAAAGGCCGAGAGCUGGCCAGUCACUUCCAGACCGAGGGCACACCCGUCAUGAUCGGAGGGGGCGUCUUGGCACACACCAUCCUUGGCGUGGCCUGGAGUGAGACCAGUGGUCAGAUCCGCUUCCUCAUUCUGGACCCACACUACACAGGAGGGGAGGACCUCCAGACCGUCACUGAUAAGGGCUGGUGUGGAUGGAAGGGACCUGAAUUCUGGGAUCAGAAUGCCUACUACAACCUCUGCCUUCCCCAAACACCGAAAACCAUCUGAGAGCCUGAGCCACAAAACCUCCAUGCAGCUUUAAUCUAACAAACACAAUUUUAUUCCAGAGACAGAAAAACGCAGCAGAUGUCCUCCAUUUUGUAAAUGGUCCUUUUUUUAUUUUCAACUAGUGUUAUCUCGCUACAGACAGUCUUCCUGCUCCUCCAGGAUACUUUAUACUGAACCAGAAAACUCAGUACUGUAACAUGUCGGUGUUGACUUUUCCCAAGACUUGCUAGUAAUAAAUUGAUUUGCUGAGAAA